CUCUUCUUAACUCUCAAUUGGAAUUAACGGUGAGGCUUGGGGUUUAAGGUUUGACAGUGAGUCCAUAACUGGAAUUUUAUCGCGAUGAUGGUCGAACUCCAGCCGCAGACGGUGCAUGGGAUACAAAUACAGAACUGCCGCCGCCUUCUCAGACAGGGCCCUGCCUGCAACUUCUUGCUGGGCUCUCUUCAUCCCCUCUCCGUCAAAGCCCUAGUCUGAAUAAAUGCAACAGCAGCAUCCGCCGAACUAAACCAGCUGCGCAUACUCCCAACUCCCAUCAUGCCCUGCUGCACCAUGUUUAAGGGCCAUGUCAGAUUAAGCCCUCUUCUCACCAUGCCCCUCACACACGGACUCUUCAUCACUACAUCCUUCUGUACUUGCCGCAAAACCCCUAGGCUUCUAAAGCCCUUGUAUCUUGCGGCCAUGAAGUGCCAAACUUCAGUUCUCGGCCCCUUUUUCAUGCUGCCUGCGCCUUGUAUGAGGUCUGUAGUCACGUUUGCGGCUUCGCCCAGGGCCGGCACAGGGGCAGUGGUGAUAGACUGGAGGAAGAGGAACGUGGCGUUGCAAUUUAUGCUUCAGCAGAACUCAAGGUAUGGGCGGUAUGCGUACGAGGAUUUGUCAGAGGAUGAGGAUUCUGAUCGGGAGAUUCAGUCGCAUCAGAAGCAAAUGUGUGCUUCUACCCUUGAUAACAUUGAUGAGUGGAAGUGGAAGUUAACGAUGCUUAUACGCAACAAUGAGCGAGAAGUGGUGUCAUGGGAGAGAAAGGAUAGACGUGAUUUUGAGCAACUCUCAGCACUUGCAACAAGGAUGGGCUUAUAUAGUCGUCAAUACUCAAAAGUGGUUGUCUUUAGCAAAGUCCCGCUGCCAAAUUAUAGAUCUGAUUUGGAUGGUAAGCGGCCACAGAGGGAGGUCAUACUACCUUUUGGGUUACAAAGAGAAGUAGAAGUUCACCUUAAAGAAUACCUUACUCAGAAGUCUCUGGGGAGGGGAAGUUUUUCAGACAAUGCCUUUUCUAGAUCAAGCAGUGGUGGCAGUAAUUGUACUGAUGAAAAACUUGAUGUGCGACACGAAUCCUCAGUACAGAUGAGUGCUGCUAGGGAGAAAAUCCUCCGGCCAAAAAGUUUGCGACUGCGUAGUCAACAACAAGAGUGGCAGGAAUCUCCAGAAGGCCAAAAGAUGCAAGAAUUUCGCAGAAGUCUGCCGGCGUACAAAGAGAAGGAUGCAUUAUUAAAAGCCAUUUCUCAAAAUCAGGUAGUUAUUGUGUCAGGUGAAACUGGUUGUGGAAAGACUACACAACUUCCUCAAUACAUUUUAGAAUCUGAGAUUGAAGCUGCUCGUGGAGCUGUCUGUAGUAUAAUAUGUACUCAGCCCAGACGAAUUUCUGCUAUGGCUGUUUCUGAAAGAGUUGCUGCAGAGAGAGGGGAAAAAAUUGGAGAAUCUGUUGGUUACAAAGUUCGUUUGGAGGGAAUGAAAGGGAGGGACACCCGCCUUCUCUUCUGUACUACUGGCAUAUUGUUGAGGAGACUGCUUGUUGACAGAACUUUGAAAGGUGUUACACAUGUUAUUGUUGAUGAGAUUCAUGAACGUGGAAUGAAUGAAGAUUUUCUUCUUAUUGUCCUUAAAGAUUUGCUUCCUCGCCGACCGGAAUUGAGGUUGAUUUUAAUGAGUGCAACCCUAAAUGCUGAGCUUUUUUCCUCCUACUUUGGUGGUGCUCCAAUGAUCCAUAUUCCUGGUUUUACAUAUCCAGUUCGUAGUAACUUUCUGGAGAAUAUUCUUGAAGCAACUGGAUAUAAGUUAACCCCGUAUAACCAAAUUGAUGAUUACGGUCAAGAAAAGAUGUGGAAAAUGCAGAAACAAACUCUCAGAAAGAGGAAAAGCCAACUUGCUUCAGUUGUUGAGGAUGCACUGGAAGCUGCUGAUUAUAGGGAGUACAGUCUACGAACUCAGGAGUCUUUAUCCUGUUGGAAUCCAGAUUCUAUUGGUUUUAACCUCAUUGAGCAUGUACUUUGCCACAUAGUUAAAAAGGAAAGGCCUGGUGCAGUUUUGGUUUUUAUGACUGGCUGGGAUGACAUAAAUUCUCUGAAAGAUCAGCUCCAAUCUCAUCCCAUACUGGGAGAUCAAAGUAAAGUUUUGCUGCUUGUAUGUCAUGGUUCAAUGGCUAGCUCAGAGCAGAGGUUGAUAUUUGAUAAGCCUGAAGAUGGAGUAAGAAAAAUAGUCCUAGCUACCAAUAUGGCUGAAACGAGUAUCACCAUUAAUGAUGUAGUUUUUGUGGUUGAUUGUGGAAAGGCAAAAGAGACAUCAUAUGAUGCAUUGAAUAAUACUCCUUGUUUGCUCCCAUCAUGGAUCUCAAAGGCUGCUGCUCGUCAGAGAAGGGGAAGAGCUGGUCGUGUGCAACCUGGCGAGUGUUACCAUCUCUAUCCCAGAUGUGUCUAUGAUGCUUUUGUUGAUUAUCAAUUGCCAGAACUGUUGAGGACGCCUUUACAGUCUCUUUGUUUGCAAAUCAAAAGUUUACAUCUUGGAGGUAUUUCAGAGUUCCUAUCCAGGGCCUUGCAGCCACCAGAACCAUUAUCGGUUCAAAAUGCUAUUGAGUAUUUGAUGAUCAUCGAAGCUUUAGAUGAGAAUGAAAAUCUGACAUUGUUAGGACACUUCUUGUCAAUGCUUCCAGUCGAACCCAAACUUGGGAAAAUGCUCAUAUUAGGGGCUAUUUUUAACUGCCUGGAUCCUAUAAUGACCGUUGUUGGUGGUCUUAGCGUCCGAGAUCCUUUCCUCAUGCCAUUUGAUAAGAAGGAUCUUGCAGAGUCUGCAAAAGCCCAGUUCUCUGCUCGUGACUACAGUGAUCAUCUAGCACUUGUUAGAGCCUAUGAGGGUUGGAAAGAUGCUGAAAGGCAGCGUACUGGUUACGAAUACUGCUGGAGAAAUUUUCUUUCUGCACAAACUCUGAAAGCCAUUGAUUCCCUGAGGAAGCAGUUUUUUAGUUUGCUCAAGGAUGCUGGUCUGGCUGAUUGCAACACAGAAAUCAACAAUGCAUGGAGCCAUGAUGAGCAUCUUAUCCGAGCAGUUAUUUGCGCUGGUCUGUUCCCAGGAAUAUGCUCAGUUGUGAACAAAGAAAAAUCAAUAUUGUUGAAAACAAUGGAGGAUGGUCAGGUGCUUCUGUACUCCAAUUCAGUAAAUGCGCAAAAACCUAAAAUUCCAUACCCAUGGCUGGUUUUCAAUGAGAAGGUGAAAGUGAAUUCAGUUUUUCUUCGGGAUUCAACUGCAGUAUCUGAUUCAGUUCUGCUUUUAUUUGGAGGAAAUGUUUCCAGGGGAGGACUAGAUGGCCACUUGAAAAUGUUGGGCGGUUACCUGGAGUUUUUCAUGAAACCUACCUUGGCAGAUACUUAUCUAAGGUUAAAGAGGGAGCUUGAAGAACUGAUUCAAAAGAAACUUCUGAACCCCAAGUUGGAUUUUGGCACCCACAGUGAGCUUCUAUCGGCCAUUAGAUUAGUCAUCUCAGGGGACCAGUGUGAUGGUAGAUUUGUCUUUGGUCGCCAAGUGUCAAUGCCCUCAAAAAAGGCAACAAAAGAGAUGUUGGAAGGCACAGUGUUAAGAAGUGGUGGUGGUGGGUUAGAUAAUUCCAAGGGACAGCUGCAAGCAUUGCUUGCCAGGGCAGGACAUGAAGCACCCACCUAUAAGACUAGACAACAAAAAAAUAACCAGUUCUGUGCGUCUGUGAUCUUCAAUGGGUUGCAUUUUGCAGGGCAGCCUUGCAGAAACAAAAAACAGGCUGAAAAGGAUGCAGCAGCUGAAGCUCUACAAUGGUUGACUGGUGAUAGCGGAUCAUUUGGCAGCAAUAUCGACCAGAUGUCAAUGCUUCUAAAGAAGAGCAAAAAGAAGCGUGUGAAAUGAAGUUAAAUUAAUGGUGCUAAGGGAAGCUGGUACAUCAAUGAUUAAGACUGAAAUUUUUCAUCACUUUGUUACUGAGGAGGAGAAGAGUACUGGGUUCGACUUGAAAUUCAUGAUGGCACAAACCUUGAGAAUCUAUAGCUCAGAUAUUUUUCUCAUUCAAUUACAGUUGUACAGGAUGUUGUAGUUAGAAGUUCAUGAAAAAGUUGUCCUUUUGGCACCCUUGUUUUUGGAAUUGGGUGGUAGAUUAAAGUCUUCGGAGGCAGGCGCUGGGGUUCCUUUCUAGAUUGAUUGAAGAAACUGAAGUUGAUUGUUUUUGAGGGAAGGUGUCGUCUUUCCUAUUGCGGAGGCUGCAUCCGUGAACUUAUUGCUGCAGCAGGUAGCCACCGUUGCAUCUGUAUCUUAUUGUCCUGUGUUGGAAGAAUUACCAGGAAAUCUUUUGGCGGACAAAAAUACUGACAAGAUGAUAUACAAACUCUAAAGAGAUGGCGGCUACUCCACACACUUGCUCUUUUUACUUUCAUGAUGUAAAAUUAUGUCUUAAUUAAACAGAAACUAGGCGGGAGAAAUCCUGACUGAAGUCAUGCAUUAUUAUGCUACAAUUGGUUAUUUAUUUGAGGACAUGGCAACAGGAAAAUGGAGGGAAGGGAGGGGGGUAGGCAAGGGAAGGGAAUAAGAGAAGAUUGUAUUAUUCUGUCGGCAGUGAAGGGAAAAGGAAAGCCAAAUUGUAGAAGUGGAAUACUAAUGCGUCUCUUGUGCUUACAUAAUCAUUAUUCUUUCCUUCAAA